AGUCAAAGUGACGUUUUAAAGAGUCUUUUUAUUUCGGCCAUUUUCGCCGAAAGUUUGGUGUUCGGUUUGGGUCACGUAUCCUUUCGUGGCCUUUAGAUCACUGAUCUAAAAUAUAAUCAAGAUGGUGCAGAAGAAGCCUAAGAAGAAGGUAGGAAAGAAGGUAGCGGCCGCCCCGUUGGUCGUCAAAAAAGUUGAACCCAAGAAGGUAGUCAACCCUCUCUUCGAAAAGAGGACAAAGAACUUUGCUAUUGGUCAGGACAUUCAGCCCACACGUGACCUGUCUAGGUUUGUGAGAUGGCCCAAGUACAUCCGCAUUCAGCGCCAGAAGGCAGUGCUGCAGCGCCGUCUCAAGGUGCCGCCACCUAUCAACCAGUUCACUCAGACACUCGACAAGACUACAGCCAAAGGUCUGUUCAAGAUCCUUGAGAAAUACAGGCCAGAGACAGAGGCUGUCAGGAAAGAGCGACUAAAGAAAGCUGCUGAAGCGAAGGUCGCCAAGAAGGAUGAGGCCCCACCAAAGAGGCCAAACACUGUCCGAGCUGGCACAAACACAGUCACCAAACUGGUGGAAAAGAAGAAGGCACAACUUGUGGUCAUCGCGCACGACGUAGACCCUAUUGAGCUCGUGCUAUUCUUGCCGGCUCUGUGCCGCAAGAUGGGAGUCCCAUACUGCAUCGUGAAGGGCAAAUCCCGCCUCGGAGCUCUCGUGCACCGCAAAACGUGCUCCUGCUUAGCGCUUACACAUGUGGAGUCUGGCGACCGCGCCGCCUUCUCGAAGGUGGUGGAAGCCAUCAGGACGAACUUCAACGAGCGCUACGAAGAGCUACGCAGGCACUGGGGCGGCGGCGUGCUCGGAAACAAAUCCAAUGCGCGCAUCGCCAAGUUGGAGAAAGCCAAGGCGCGCGAGCUGGCGCAGAAGCAGGGCUAAAUAAAUAUACUAAGGACUAUGU